GCAGAUCAGUUUGCGUUGGACAAUGAGAGGAGAACAUUCGGAAAAAAUCAUGUUGAAGUCAAUUUUGGUGCUGCUGAGUAUUUCAGCGUUUUCGUUCGCUGAUUAUUGCAGACCAUCGGCGACAACAGCUAGCGGUUGGGCGGCGCCCAAGAAAAUUUGUGCAGGCCAAGUGAUUUUCGAAGAAAAUUUCGACACGUUGGAUAAAAAUAAGUGGAAACCAGAAGUAACGCUUGGAGGUGGCGGUCAGAAUGGAGAGUUCCAAUGGUAUGAUGUUGAUAAUGAAAACAGUUUUGCAAAAGAUGGAAAAUUACACAUAAAGCCCACGCUAACGGCAGAUAAAAUUGGCCAAGAUGCAGUCGAACAUGGUCACGUUAGCUUAAACGGUUGCACAGAUCAAGACAAAGCGAAUUGUGAGCGUCAAGCUGGCGGAAACACAAUUAUUAAUCCAGUGAAAAGUGCUCGUUUGAGAACCCACGAAUCAUUCUCUUUCAAAUAUGGACAUGUCGAGGUGGUGGCAAAAACACCCUUAGGUGACUGGCUGUGGGGUGCGAUCUGGCUUCUGCCCACUCAAUGGAAAUAUGGAGGGUGGCCGCGAAGCGGUGAAAUUGACUUGUUGGAGUCGCGUGGAAAUGAAAAAUAUGGAAAUGGAUGGCAAAUUGGUGUCGAACAGGUGUUUUCAACGCUUCAUUUCGGACCGAAAUGGGACCAAGACCGAUGGCAAACAGCGCAUUACGAAAGAAAUAAUCCAGUUGGUUACGACAAGGGUUUUCAUACAUACAGCUUUACUUGGGAUCAGCAAGGGAUCAAAUUUUUCUUAGAUGGCACUGAGCUUGGAUUUGCAAAAGUGGAUGAGGGAUUUUGGAAACGUGGUGGUUUCCAGGGUCAAGAUAUUUGGGCACAAGGGACAAAAAUGGCUCCAUUUGAUGAAGAAUUCCAUUUCAUCAUAAACUUGGCAGUUGGCGCAAACAAUGGCUAUUUCCCUGAUGAUUUGGCGAACAAAAACGGACCAAAACCAUGGCGUAAUGGGUCACCGACAGCAAUGAAAGACUUCUGGUCACAACGGAACCAAUGGCAAAAGUCUUGGAAUUCGGGCGACAAAUCGUCGCUAAUUGUGGAAUCUGUUAAAGUCACGGCUCUCGCGCUGUGUUACGACGUGAUCAGUUUAGAUUUAGCUGUGAGAAGAGAAUAUAACAAAAUGCUAAAAUUAGUUGUUGUGCUGCUGCUGAGCAUUUCAGCAUUUUCAUUGGCAGACGAUUGCCAGCCAUCAAUUACAACAGCUAGCGGUUGGGCUGCACCCAAGACAAUUUGCUCGGGGCAGUUGAUUUUUGAAGAAAACUUCGACAGUUUGGACAAAACUAAGUGGAAGCCGGAAGUGACAUUGUGGGGAGGUGGUAACGGAGAGUUUCAAUGGUAUGUUUCUGACGAUGAAAAUAGUUACGCGGAAGAUGGAAAGUUGCACAUAAAACCAACGCUCACAGCGAAUAAAAUCGGUUAUGAUGCAGUCGAAAACGGUCAUAUUCGUUUGGAUGAUUGCACCGAUCAAGAUAAAUCGCACUGUGAGUGCCAAGCUGGCGGUGAUAAAAUUAUCAAUCCGGUACGAAGUGCCCGUUUGAGAACCCACGAAUCAUUUUCAUUCAAGUAUGGACGUGCAGAGGUCGUUGCAAAAACACCCCAGGGCAAUUGGCUUUGGCCAGCUGUAUGGCUUCUGCCCACUCAAUGGAAAUAUGGAGGGUGGCCGCGAAGCGGUGAAAUUGACUUGUUGGAAUCUCGAGGCAACGAAAAGUAUGGAAAUGAACAGCAAAUUGGUGCAGAAGAGGUAUUCAGUACACUUCAUUUUGGGCCACGCUGGGAUAUGGAUGCGUACCAAACGGCUUCAUACUCAAGAAAUAAUGCAUCUGGAUUCGAUAAAGAUUUUCAUAAAUACGAAAUGGUUUGGAAUGAAAAUGGAAUCAAGUUCUUUGUAGACGGAAUUGAGCUAGGAUUUGCUGAGCUUGGCGACGGUUUUUGGAAACGUGGUGGUUUUAGUGGCGACAAUAUUUGGGCACAAUCCGAAAAAAUGGCACCAUUCGAUCAAGAAUUCCAUUUCAUCAUAAACUUGGCAAUUGGAGGCACCAAUGGCUAUUUCCCCGAUAAUGUCAACAAUAAAGAUGGACCGAAACCUUGGCGUAAUCAAUCACCGACUGGCAUGAAAGAUUUCUGGACGGGCCGCAGUCAGUGGCUUCAAACAUGGAGAUCGCGGGAGAAAUCUUCAUUAAUUGUUGACUCUGUUAAAGUCUGGGCAAUUUAAUGUACUUUAGCAACGAAAUUUGCGUCGACGAAACAACGCAUUAUUAUCAAAUAAAAAAAUUGACAACGUGU